CUUCUUCUCGCCUCUGUCUCACCUUAUCCGCAACCCGCAAAAACCUCACUCCCCCCACACGCACGCUCGCUUCAAUGGCUGCCCUGCCGACCGCCGCCGCCGCCGGGCGCGUAGCGGCCAGCGCCUUCACGUUCCCUGCCAAGCCCUCCUUAUCCUCCUUCUCAGCCGCGUCUCUCCCCCGCGCCGCAGCCGCGGCGGCGGCCUUUUCAGCGAUCGCCCUCGCACCGGCGGGGAGCCUCCAGCGUCGGCGGAGGCCGACGGCGGCCGGCGCAGCGCCCGGGAGCGAGCAGAGGGAGACGAUACUGCUCCCCGGGUGUGACUACAACCACUGGCUGAUCGUCAUGGAGUUCCCCAAGGACCCCGCGCCCACACGCGAGCAGAUGAUCGACACCUACCUCAACACCCUCGCCACCGUCCUCGGCAGCAUGGAGGAAGCCAAGAAGAACAUGUAUGCCUUCAGCACAACCACUUACACUGGGUUCCAGUGCACUGUCGAUGAAGAAACAUCAGAGAAGUUCAAGGGUUUGCCUGGUGUCCUGUGGGUGCUCCCUGAUUCCUACAUCGAUGUGAAAAACAAAGACUAUGGAGGUGAUAAAUACAUAAAUGGUGAGAUCAUUCCAUGCACAUACCCAACCUAUCAACCAAAGGAGCGGAGGACCUCAAAGUACGAAAGCAGACGGUAUGAGAGGCGAAGAGAUGGCCCUCCUGCCAGCAGGAAACCGAAACAACAGGCCACUCAGCCUGAGUCGGCGUCUUCAUGAGUUUUGCAGGCGAUUACUCGCAUACUGAAACAACAGAGAGUGCUCAAUUCUAUCAUCUGACUCCGCCACCAUGUAUUGGGAGAGCUUCUAGGCACACAAUUUCAUCCAAAGCCCAAAAUAUGAUGUAGCACUUGAGCGAGCGACCUGCGCAGCUGGAUUUGGGGUUUUGGACCACAAGGAUAUCUUGAGUGGACUAAAUCUAAGUGUAACAAAAGACUGAAAUCCUGGUCCAUCAAAAAUGUUAUUCCUCAAGUAUCUUGUGAUAUUUUCUGUAAUGUUUAGUGGUAUCCCUGAUCGUGAGAGUUCAUUCACAUUGAGCUUGAUUGAACUGAAGUUAGCUUUUAGUCGUGAUAAGGAUAGUCAGAUUGUGCUUGGAAUUUAGGAUGUUGAGUGGAGUGUGAUUGAAAGUCCUUGUUAUGUGGAAUGCGGUGAAUGUGUGCACUUGUCAUUGUAGCUUGUUAUUGUUCCAAGAAAUCUGUAUUUUGUUUUGUCAUUA